AAGUGCAGUGUAUUGACAGCGCUGGAGGCCAGGGUAACCGAGUUAGAGGAGCGGCUGCGCAGAUGUGAGGGGCAGGGCAGCGCUAGCUACAGCGAGGUAGCGGCAGGGCUCGCAGCCCGCUCCCGCAGUGAGAGGAGUGUUAGCAAGCCUAGCCCCGCAGCGUGUCCCGAGCAGCCGGGGCAAGACCAGGACCGGUUUGUGACGGUCCGAAGGAAGGCUAGUGCUAAGCACCGCCACGUAGCACUCCAAGAACCGCUUCACGUCUGCAAUAGGUUCUCUCCCCUCAGCGACGACACACCAGCUGAACUGGACACGCUGGUGAUUGGCAGCUCUAUAGUUAGAGACGUGAAGCUGCCAGCGGUGAAGGUUAGGUGUUACCCGGGGGCCAGAGUGGGGGACAUCGAGGGGAACCUUAGGCUUUUAAAACAGGAAGGUAGGAGAUUCCGUCGAGUCGUGAUUCAUGCAGGCGGUAAUGAUGCCCGGCGGAGACAAUCAGAGGUGCUCAAAUUACAAGUAGCCUCGGUGUGUGAAUUGGCUAAGUCGAUGUCUGAUGCCGUAAUAUUCUCUGGUCCCCUGCCCAAUUUGGUCAAUGAUGAAAUGUAUAGCCGACUUUCAUCAUUCAAUUGCUGGUUGUCUAGAUGGAGUGAGGAAAACGGAGUUAUUUUUCUAAACAACUGGUGCACCUUCUGGGGAAAGCCUGGGCUCAUCCGCAGGGACGGCAUCCACCCAACUUUGGAUGGUGCAGCCCUUUUAGCUCAC